AUGGAUCAAAGAGUUCAGUGCCCUGUGUGUACAUUGUACCUUCACAGUGGAAUGUCAUUAGCAUCACAUUUGGAUACACAUCCAAAAGAUCAAGUGAUAAAAGCAUUGUGUAGUCUGUCAGCAAAAAAUAUCAAUUUUGGGAGCAGAAGUACUACUCCAUUAAAUUCGGAAAGAUCGUAUAGAAGCAGGUCACGAACCCCAGCAACAGAUGACAGUGGACGAUGGGUUAGCUCACAUCGUAAUAGUGAAAAUGACAGAUAUUGGAGGAGGACACCCAGUAGAAAUAAAUCAACCCCACUUUCAAGUACUUCAAGGAAUCCUACUCCAGAUAUAAGAAUUGGAAAUAUAUCAUUUGAGAACCAUAACUCCAAUAACAACUCCAGUCAUUGUUCCGAUUCAUAUACAGUGAAGUCUGAUAAAACACAGAAGACAUUUGGUUCUAAUGGACAGUCUUCAGUUUCUGAUUUUGCUCCGCAAUAUCCUUACUAUCCAGAGCAACAGGAUGAUACAGAAAUAAAGUUUUCGAGGAGCUCAGAAUACAGUGCACAAGUAGAGAAUUCUAAUCAUUUAUUUGGAUAUAAUAUGCCCAUAAUGGGGUCAGGAGUAAAGCUUCCAACGGGCAUGAUGCCAACAGUGUCAAGAAGGGGUGGUGAAUAUGUCAAGAUUCUACCUAAACAAGGAAACUUACUUGUAAAAACUAAUAUGAGUGGCAUGCAAUAUGUAUCACCAGGAGUGAAACCAUUGCAUCUAAUGAUGCCCACCCCACCACCAUAUAUACAAAAAAAUUUACAAAAUAGUAUGAUUAUGGCAGGAAGCAUGCCAGGAUCUCCUAUGCUAGAUCCAAAACACAUGACACCAUCAAUGAAUCCUCUUACUAGUCAGAUUAAUACUCUAAGCGCUGGAGCAUUCACUCCUGGAACUACUGUUGUUACACAAAACUCGCAAAUAAUCUAUAGAGAGAUGGUCCAUAAUAUAGAUGGUAAACCUUUUAUGUCAAAUAUGCCACCUGUGCUUGGAGGUCCUGAAACUGUCACAAAUGUGGCUCAAAGUAGUUCUAUGUAUCAAAAUGUGAUGGUUGUUGAUCAAUAUGGUAAUACUUCUUGCAUGUACACUACACCACAACAUUUGUUACCAAAACCAUGCAGUUCUAUGUUUAAUGAGAGUAUUCCACCAUACGUGCAAAGUAUGCCUGAAAAAGCUGCACAAAAUGUAGUUGAUGAUGCAAAUAAAACCCUUAUUAUUGAAGUAAGCCCUAUGUCAUCAGAUGCUUCGAUAACUGCCAAUGAAGAAAGUCAAAAUUCACAGCCUUCACAACACAGUAUAAAUCCUAUGAAGAAAAAGCUUGAGAAAAAAAAGAGUGAUCAUAAAAAUGAAUCACCAGGACCUAGUAAAGGUUUAAAAAUUCUUAGUAAUAUAAAGGUAGAAGUUCCUGUACAACAUCAUAAGAAUAUGCUUAACACUGUUAUGGACCUGACUGGCUCAACUGAUUCUGAUUAUCCAGAGCCUCCAAUUACUCCAGAGAAAAUUUUACCCGAUUUAGAUGAUGACAACCCAAGUAUAAUAAUUGAUGAUUGCACUCAACGGUCAAGUGCUAGUGUAGAUAGUCUAGCGUCAAACACGUUUACAACUAUAAAAAGUUCAUCAAACCAAUCAUAUAAUAAGGAUUCACCGCCUAAAUCCAUUACUGUUGAAAAUAAACUAGAUACAGAAUUCUCAGACAGCUGCCCAGUUCCUGAUCUUAUUUGCAAUGAAAAACCGUCUAUAUCUCCUUGUAGUGAACUAUCGGAACAUGGAGAUAAUUCUACUGAUCGCAUCUUGCCAUCACCAAGACCUGAAAGUAGUCAACCAUACCAAAGUUCGCUAAGUAAUAAUAUUGAGGUUAAUAAAAAACCUAGUAAAGCACAAAGGAAUAAUGCCCUAAAGCUCAAUAAUAUUUUUGUGAAAAAACAUAAAAAAAUUCUGCAAAUAAAGAAUUCCAAAUUGGGUCCGCCAGAAAGAAUUGGUCAAACAGAGUUAGAGUCGAGGCCAUCAUCGUCUUCAUCUCGUAAAUCCCCAGAAAUUUUUUCAAUAACAAAAAUCCAUCAGCCAUCAGCCAUAGCAGAAACGAAACACACAUUACAAACUGUUAAUAUUGAAAAAAUCAAAGGCAAUGAUGUCGACGAACGUAACGAAUUCGAUGCUAAUACAGAGGAACAGUCGAUGGAUAUUGAACCAGUAACGCCGUCCAACGUGACCCAUUCCAAUCAAUUUUCCAGCAGCGGAUAUAUUAUGGUACACAUUAAAGAAGAAAUAAACACAAGUAAUGAGUUUAGUAAUGAAGCUGUAAGAUCCCCUGCGGAUAUUGCUCCAAUGGAGACACUUAGACCCAUUAAUGUCAUCAAUUAUAGUAAUAUGGCAGAUUUUGAUGACGAUUCAAAUCAUAGGGAGCUAUUAGAAUUAGAGGCUGCUUCAAAAAAUAAACAAUUCGUGUCUAUGAUGAACGAAAAUUACUUUGGUGACAAUAUUUAUGCAGAUUAUUUCACUCCUGACCGAGGGGAGACGUUCGAAGCUCAAAAAGAAUCAAAUUAUAGCAAAGAUGUCGCUAAAGAUGGGGUGUACGUUUGGGGGGAGCCGUCGCAGAAAGAAAGUGAAUUUGUUUUACCCAAUUUUAUUCAUGAGAGUUAUAAAAUAGCGGAGAGUAAUGGUAUAGACUAUUCCGAUGUAGGAACAGGGAAUGUGCAAACAAAUGGAGAUGGAGAGAGAUGCGAAAGAGAUAGUAAGGCAGAUGUGUUGAGUGAGAGCAGGAGUGAGGGUGAGCCACCUUUAAACAUAUGUGCGGAUGAACGAAUGCCGCCUAGAGGAGAGCUGAGCGGGCAGGAAAGCAAUGGAGAUAUGGAGUCACCUUGGAGCGGGAUGUAUUCUGGAGUGCCUCCGGCGGAACCUUACGAUCUAAUGGCGCGCGAAAGUUGGGUGUCAGACGGGUCCGAAGUCGAUGAGAAUGAGAAAACAGAAAAUAUAGAGGAAGAUCAUCAUUUUCCCAAAGCUCGUAUGUACAAUUGUGCUCAAUGUGGAGGGAAGUUCCCAUCGCUUAAAGAGUUACGUGCACAUAAAGCAUUAGUUCAUGCUUUACCAACUUGUUCCAAUUCAAAAACAUCUUACAGCCGCCUCAUGACAGCACGGGCCAUUAAGAAAGAGGAGAAGCCGUAUGAACAUGUUUUAGCAGGCAAUCUGUCAUUGGACUCGAAAGAAACGAUAGCGUCAGCCCUGCUUCAAGCUUACAACCAAUUUGAAGCGAAACCCCAAAUUGAGGGUUUACUAAAGCGGCAAAAUAAGAAACGGCGCAAAGAUUUCGUUUGUCCGACAUGUAAAGUGGAUCAAAUGACGGGUGCAGCGUUCCACGCCCAUCUCAAGAUACAUCCCCUCGAGUGUCUCACCUGUGGCAAGUGUUUCACCCGACGAGCUAACCUGGCCCUACACAUGAAAACGCAUUUGGGGAUAAAGAACUAUAAGUGUGAUAUAUGCGAGAAGCGGUUCAUAACGCGGCAGAAGCUGGCGGAGCACCACAACAUACACACGGGCCGCACGCCCGUCAAGUGCACGCUCUGCGACGACACCUUCCGCAGAUACUCCAACAUGGUGCAGCACAGGGACAGACACCAUUUCAAGAAGAAAGCUAAGAUCCGCGACUUCGUGUGCCACUGCGGGGCGGUGUUCCCAUCGCGCGCCAAGCUGCACUGGCACAAGGAGACGCACGAUGAAAAGCCCAAGGCGUGCCUCUACUGCAGCGACAAGUUCGUUCACGCGGCGCUGCUCACGCGUCACGUGCGCCGCUCGCACAACGAGCACUUCGUUGGCCAGCAGGGCAAGCUGGAGAACGUGCCAUGUCCUGUUUGCAAGCAGAUGUACCUACGAUCGAAAUUGCACGCCCAUCUGCAAACGCACAGCGGCAAGCGGCCGUACAACUGCGUCAUAUGCAACAAGGGCUUCACUACCAAGUGGAACCUGAAGCUGCACCGCUGGACCCACCUCAGCCGCUCCGCUAAGCCCUACAAGUGUAACCUUUGUAAGGGUGCCUUCAUACGACACACCGAGUACAUCUCACACAUGAACAGCCAUAAGUCGGUCCGGCCCUAUACAUGCAACUACUGCGGCUGUCAGUUUAUCAGAAAAUACAACUGCCAACGUCACGUCCGCGAACACGAAAUGGCAAAGAAGUACGUGUGUAAAGUGCCUGAGUGCGGUAAAACGUUUCAUAGAAGUUAUUAUCUAUCUGAACAUAUGAAAGUGCAUAGUGGCGUGCGUCCGUUCUCAUGCAAUAUAUGUGGGAAGACGUCCAGUAAUAAAUCAAAUCAUAACAAGCAUGUGAAGAUCCACCAUGCUCGGGAACCUGUGACCACUGAAGCG